AUGAACUCUGCUGGGAACGAUAACUGGCACCCCGGUGGCCCGCCAGCGCACCCCGGGCUGGACCAGAUGGGCCAGCCACCUCGUCCUCUGGGCUCCUUUGGCCAAAACCCACCGCCUCAACAAGGCCCGUCUUCGCAGCCCACCGGUCCGGUCCUCCCACCCCCAGGUGCCUACCAUCCUGCGAACCAACCUGGCGGCGGUCACUCCCUCCCUGGGCUGGCAGAGCUGAGCCAGGGCCACGCUGGUCCGCAUCAGCCUACCCCAUAUGGCCAGCACCCAACCGCCCCCGCUCAUAAUGCUGGUCACUCGCUCCCGGGCAUCGGACAAGCCAUGCAACACCCCUCCCCACAGUCCAUCAACCGGGAACGCGAGCGGGACUCCAGAGAUCGGGAAUUGAUCGAGAGACAGCGUCAGGAGGAGAUGGCGCACCGAGAGCGCGAGCAGCGCGAACGCGAACAGAUCGAGCGCCAGCAGCUGGAGCGUCAACGUGAGCAGCAGCACCACCCAGUCCAGAGCCACACUGGUUCCAUCACGAUCCAUCAGCCGCAAGCGAAAGUGCCCAACUCCAUUCACGGUCCUAAUGGACUGUUGUCUAACCUGGGACCGAACCCCGCAAAUGGCCCCCAAGGAUCGUUGCCCGCCUCUGGGGGACCUGGUGGGAUCUAUGGUCCUCAGAUGCCACAUGGUGAAGGCACACCCAGGUCGUACAUGCAGCACCCAGGUGGCCCCCCGGGUCAGCCUUUGAUGGCUUUUAAUGGCACUGGCCCACCGAUCCCCGGGAAUGUUGCUGCGCUCGCCCAGGGUCAGCAGCCUAUUCUGAAUGAUGCGCUGAGCUAUCUAGACCAGGUCAAGGUCCGUUUUGUCGACCAGCCUGACGUGUAUAACCGGUUUUUAGACAUCAUGAAAGACUUCAAGAGUCAAGCGAUUGAUACUCCCGGAGUAAUCCAACGUGUCUCGACGCUAUUUAACGGACACCCUGCUCUUAUCCAGGGGUUCAACACCUUCCUCCCCCCUGGAUAUCGAAUCGAGUGCGGAACAGAAGAUAACCCAGACGCGAUUCGAGUGACAACUCCUUCGGGUACGAACACUUUGAGCAUGCCCCGUGCUAGACACUCUUUGGACUCCUCUGGAGAACUUGGCCCAUCCAGUAACAUGGGCCCUCAUGGGCGCCCUGAGUUCUUUGAGCAGUCGCGGCCGGGGUGGCAGCAGCAACCUCAACCUCAGCAGCCCCAGCAGCCCCAGCAGCAGCAGCAACCGCAGCAAAGCAACCUUCCUGGAUCAUACUCCCCCGGGUCUCGCAUAAUGGGGCCAAGUAUUUUCGGCCAGCAAGGAGGCCAAAACCAGGCUCAAGAACAUCACUAUGACUAUCCCACCCAGCAAGAGCAGCAAGCUGCUGCUGGGGCUGCUGCCAUGGCUCACCAGCAGGAUCAGCGGGGCGUCUCCCAGCUUCAAGGUGCUGCAUCUGCUGCCUCCGCAGGUCUCGGACGGCCUUCUCUGUUGCAGGUGACAGCAGCGACACAGGGUCCCUCAAGCCUAACACAACCUAUGAACAGCUUGGCGGGCGUUGGAACGGGGAUGCUCCAAGGUGCUCAGGCAGACCUGAACAAGCGGGGCCCCGUUGAGUUUAACCACGCUAUUAGUUACGUCAAUAAGAUCAAGAACCGCUUUUCAAGUGCCCCUGAAAUUUAUAAGCAAUUCCUCGAAAUAUUGCAGACCUACCAGCGCGAGUCUAAACCAAUUCAGGACGUUUAUGCUCAAGUCACACAACUCUUCAAUACGGCUCCUGAUCUACUAGAAGAUUUUAAGCAGUUCCUGCCUGAGUCUGCAGCGCAUGCAAAGCAGCAAGCAGCGGCUCGCCAGGCAGAAGAGGCCGCCCCAAUGAGCAAUGUUCGUGGGGAGCCAAGCUAUCCCAGCGCCAAUGCUCUUCCCUCUCAGACUCCAAACCGCGACGUGAAGAUGCCCCCGUUGGGCCAGUUCAAUGUCAAGGAUUCUGGUAAAGACGGAAAGAAACGUCGAGGCGGGCCAGGAGCUCCAUCUACUAUGGGUUCAUCUAUCUCAGGUCCUUCUGCUCCUGAUGCGGCGCGUAUGGCCGAUGCGCAAGCCGGUCGAGCUGCAACCAUUCAGGCCACCAAUGCCAACAAGAGGGCUAAAGUCCACCAUAAGCCUUCCCAGGCAGAGGCUCCAGCGGUUUCUCCCACACUCGUUCCCGCUCUGCCAGAGCCGAUCCAGCCGACUUUCUCCUUGACGCCUACUCAAGAGGAAUUCGCCUUCUUUGACCGGGUCAAGAAGUAUAUCGGAAACAAACAGACCUUCAGCGAGUUUCUCAAGCUCUGCAACCUAUACUCCACAGAUCUCAUUGACAGACAUGUUCUGGUGAAGAGGGCAGCUAGUUACAUCGGCUCCAACCCGGAACUGAUGGCCUGGUUCAAGCGCUUUAUGCAUGUGGAUGAGCCCGAAGACAAGAUUAUCGACGUCAAGGCGAAACAGGACCCCGGGGUUGUCAAUCUGUCUCAUUGUCGCUCUCUUGGGCCCAGCUAUCGCCUGUUACCGAAGCGUGAGCGCCAGAAGCCGUGCAGUGGGCGCGAUCAGCUCUGUUACAGCGUCCUCAACGAUGAGUGGGCUUCUCACCCCACCUGGGCAUCGGAAGAUUCGGGAUUCGUCGCACACCGCAAAAACCAGUUCGAGGAUGCUCUGCAUCGUAUCGAGGAGGACAGACACGAUUACGACCAUCACAUCGAGGCGUGCACGCGCACUAUCCAGCUUAUCGAGCCUAUUGUGCAGCAGUUCCUGGUGAUGUCUGAAAGCGAGCGCGCUGCAUUCAAACUUCCGCCCGGCCUUGGUGGCCAGAGUGAGGCGAUCUACCAGCGGGUGAUCAAGAAGAUCUAUGACAGACAGCGUGGAGAAAAGAUCAUUAAAGAGAUGUUCGAGCGACCGUGCCAUGUUUUGCCCAUUGUUCUCUUCCGUCUCAAGCAGAAGUGCGAAGAGUGGAAAGCUAGCCAGCGUGAAUGGGACAAGAUUUGGCGGGAGCAGAUGCAGAAGGCCUACUGGCGGAGUCUGGAUCACCAGGCAAUUGCCAGCAAAGGUAGCGACAAGAAGCUGUUUGUGGCGAAACACAUCCAGAUGGAGAUCCAGAACAAGUUUGAGGAAAGUCGGAAUCUGCGCAGGAGUGGAUACCAGACUGCGAAGCAUCAGUUUGAGUCCACCUUCAACGACCCGGCCGUCAUCAUCGAUGCCACGCACCUGCUGCUUACCUUCAUUGACCGUAAUUCUGCUGGGUUCGGGGCGGACCCGCAGAAGGUCAUGACGUUCAUAAAGGACUUCAUCCCUGUGUUCUUUGGCAUGGAUCGGGACACGUUCCAUGUGUACAUGAAUGAACUCUCUAGCGGCGCGUCCCCGAUGGAUGAAGAUGACGAGAGUCUGGGUCCGGAGGAGAGCUCUACGCCGCGCAGCCGAAAGGGCAUUAACGGCAAGAAGAUCGAUCUCCUGCGCGAUGUCCUGGAGCGUCGCAGCGAGAAAGUGCAGCGGAGCGACAAGGAAGGCAGUGCACCGGCGAGCCGCGAUGGCACCCCAGAUGCCGUUCUGGUCCCAUCAACGCCUGUUCCCGACCCCACCGAGCCGUUCGAUGUGGCAGAAUUGAAGUGGAUGGAGCACCCCGGGCAGGGCAACUUCAACCAGCAGCGGGAGUACAACCUGAACGAGACGUACGAGAAGAAGGCGCAUCACUUGUACGCGAACGCGAACAUCUACUGCUUCUUCCGUACCUUCGAGAUCCUCUACUCUCGCCUGCUCCGCAUCAAACUCCACGAGAAGGAUGCUCAUGACGACGUGCGCCGGGCGCUCAUCACCAAGCCGGCGCAGGAGCUCAACCUCAUUGACAAGUUCCCGACAGACUUCUUCUACGACUGCGACCCGAAGGCGAACCUGUACCAGCAGAUCGUGCGCAUGUGUGAAGAGGUGAUCAAGGGAGACAUGGAGACGUCCCACCUGGAGGACACCCUUCGGCGCUACUACCUGCGCAGCGGCUACCAGCUGUACAAUUUGGAGAAGAUGUUCGCGGGCAUCGCCAAGUUCGCGGGAGCGAUUUUCAACGGGGACUCGAAGGACCGCAGCUCGGAUAUCAUGAACCUCUUCUUCAAGGAGCGUGACAGGGAGGAGACGACGCACAACCAGGAGAUCCAGUACCGCAAGCAGGUGGAACGACUGGUCAAGGACGGCGACAUCUACCGGAUUACCUACAACCCCGGCAGCAAGAAGACGGCGGUGCAGCUGCUAACGCCCGAGGAUGCGACGCUGGAGAACGAGGAGCUGAGCCAGGAGGCGCGCUGGUCGUACUACGUCUCGGCGUACACGAUGCGGGACCCGACGGAGGGGGUGGCCUUCUCGCAGAUGCGGAUGCCCUUCCUGAAGCGCAACCUGCCGGCGAAGCUCGAGCAAGAAGAAGAGUACAACCGGUACUACCGGCCGCUGGUGCACCAGGACGGGCUGAUCAUCCGGAUCUGCGCCAACAGCUACCAUAUCCUGUACGAGCCCGGGAGCUUCGACUGGUGGUGGCGACCGACAACGCCGGUGGGCGAGUCGGCAGAGGAGACGGCCAAGGAGGAGGCGGCGGUGAAGGAGCGACGGCGGGACCGGUUCAUGGAGAAGUUCGUCAACAACCCGCAGUGGGCGCACGGGCUCAGCAAGGACCAGGUGGAUGAGUCGAACCAGCGCUUCCGCUCGUGGGUCAAGGGGGCGGACGGGGAGAGCGGCGUGGUGGUGGCGGCGGAGGGCUCUGGGUCGGACGCGGCGGACGACAAGGAAGACACCGAGAUGGCCGACCACGAACAGCCCGUGGCGGAGUCAACGGAGCAGUGA